GUUCUGACACAGCCAAAGGAGAAGGGAGCGAUGAGGACGAUGACAAUGAGUUCUUUGACGCCAUGGAAGAGGCCCCUGAGUUCAUCACUGUGCCUGCAGACCCCCAGUUCCACAAGUCUGUGUACUCUUUCAUCACUGUUUUCACUCUCCUCUCCUUCUGAUUGGUCAACCGGUUGUGCUCUUGAAGUCAUCAGUUUUUCAUGUCUCUUCUCUAAGUAUUAAUGGAGAGAACUGAAACAUCUCUGAUCUCAGCAUAUUCACAGGCAAAUAAACACCAUAUCAGGUUCCGGAAUUUGCUGUGAUUGAUCAAUUCGCUACGGUAAAGGUGCAUGAAGAUGUCAGAAUUCAAAUCAAAUCAAAUCAAAUGUUAUUGGCCACAUGCGCCGAAAACAACAGGUGCAGACAGUACAGUGAAAUGCUUACUUACAGCCCUUAACCAACAGUGCAUUUAUUUUUAAUAAAAAAGUAAAAUAAAACAACAACAAAAAAGUGUUGAGAAAAAAAAAGAGCAGAAGUCAAAUAAAAUAACAGUAGGGAGGCUAUAUAUACAGGGGGGUACCGGUGCAGAGUCAAUGUGCGGGGGCAGUUGAGGUAGUUAAAGUAAUAUGUACAUGUGGGUAGAGUUAAAGUGACUAUGCAUAAAUAAUGAACAGAGUAGCAGCAGCGUAAAAAGAUGGGGUGGGGGGGCAGUGCAAAUAGUCCGGGUAGCCAUGAUUAGCUGUUCAGGAGUCUUAUGGCUUGGGGGUAGAAGCUGUUGAGAAGUCUUUUGGAUCUAGACUUGGCACUCCGGUACCGCUUGCCGUGCGGUAGCAGAGAGAACAGUCUAUGACUAGGGUGGCUGGAGUCUUUGACAAUUUUGAGGGCCUUCCUCUUGACACCGCCUGGUAUAGAGGUCCUGGAUGGCAGGAAGCUUGGCCCCAGUGAUGUACUGGGCCGUACGCACUACCCUCUGUAGUGCCUUGCGGUCAGAGGCCAAGCAGUUGCCAUACCAGGCGGUGAUGCAACCAGUCAGGAUGCUCUCGAUAGUGCAGCUGUAGAAUAUUUUGAGGAUCUGAGGACCCAUGCCAAAUCUUUUCAGUCUCCUGAGGGGGAAUAGGCUUUGUCGUGCCCUCUUCACGACUGUCUUGGUGUGUUUGGACCAUGAUAGUUCGUUGGUGAUGUGGACACCAAGGAACUUGAAGCUCUCAACCUGUUCCACUACAGCCCCGUCGAUGAGAAUGGGGGCGUGCUCAGUCCUCUUUUUUUCCCUGUAGUCCAAAAUCAUCUCCUUUGUCUUGGUCACGUUGAGGGAGAGGUUGUUAUCCUGGCACCACACGGCCAGGUCUCUGACCUCCUCCCUAUAGGCUGUCUCAUCGUUGUCGGGGAUCAGGCCUACCACUGUUGUGUCGUCGGCAAACUUAAUGAUGGUGUUGGAGUCGUGCCUGGCCAUGCAGUCAUGGGUGAACAGGGAAUACAGGAGGGGACUGAGCACGUACCCCUGAGGGGCCCCCGUGUUGAGGAUCAGUGUGGCAGAUGUGUUGUUACCUACCCUUACCACCUGGGGGCGGCCCGUCAGGAAGUCCAGGAUUCAGUUGCAGAGGGAGGUGUUAAGUCCCAGGAUCCUUAGCUUAGUGAUGAGCUUUGAGGGCACUAUGGUGUUGAAUGCUGAGCUGUAGUCAAUGAAUAGCAUUCUCACGUAGGUGUUCCUCUUGUCCAGGUGGGAAAGGGCAGUGUGGAGUGCAAUAGAGAUUGCAUCAUCUGUGGAUCUGUUGGGGCGGUAUGCAAAUUGGAGUGGGUCUAGGGUUUCUGGGAUAAUGGUGUUGAUGUGAGCCAUGACCAGCCUUUCAAAGCACUUCAUGGCUACAGACGUCAGUGCUACGGGUCGGUAGUCAUUUAGGCAGGUUAUCUUAGUGUCCUUGGGCACGGGGACUAUGGUGGUCUGCUUGAAACAUGUUGGUAUUACAGACUCAGUCAGGGACAUGUUGAAAAUGUCAGUGAAGACACUUGCCAGUUGGUCAGCACAUGCUCGGAGUACACGUCCUGGUAAUCCGUCUGGCCCUGCGGCCUUGUGAAUGUUGACCUGCUUAAAAGUCUUACUCACAUCGUCUACGGAGAACAGCUGGUGCUCUCAUGCAUGCUUCAGUGUUGCUUGCCUCGAAGCGAGCAUAGAAGUGGUUUAGCUCGUCUGGUAGGCUUGUGUCACUGGGAAGCUCGCGGCUGUGCUUCCCUUUGUAGUCUGUAAUAGUUUUCAAGCCCUGCCACAUCCGACGAGCGUCAGAGCCGGUGUAGUACGAUUCAAUCUUAGUCCUGUAUUGACACUUUGCCUGUUUGAUGGUUCGUCGGAGGGCAUAGCGGGAUUUCUAAUAAGCGUCCGGGUUAGAGUCCCGCUCCUUGAAAGCGGCAGCUCUACCCUCAGUGCGGAUGUUUCCUGUAAUCCAUGGCUUCUGGUUGGGGUAUGUACGUACAGUCACUGUGGGGACGACAUCAUCGAUGCACUUAUUGAUGAAGCCAGUGACUGAUGUGGUGUACUCCUCAAUGCUAUCUGAAGAAUCCCGGAACAUGUUCCAGUCUGUGCUAGCAAAACAGUCCUGUAGCUUAGCAUCUGCGUCAUCUGACCACUUUUUUAUUAACCGAGUCACUGGUGCUUCUUGCUUUAGUUUUUGCUUAUAAGCAGGAAUCAGGAGGUUGUGGUCAGAUUUGCCAAAUGGAGGGCGAGGGAGAGCUUUGUAUGCGUCUCUGUGUGUGGAGUAAAUGUGGUCUAGAGUUUUUUUUUUCCUCUGGUUGCACAUUUAACAUGCUGGUAGAAAUUACGUAGAAUGGAUUUAAGUUUCCCUGCAUUAAAGUCCCCGGCCACUAGGAGCGCUGCCUCUGGAUGAGCGUUUUCCUGUUGACUUAUGGCCUUAUACAACUCAUUCAGUGCAAUCUUAAUGCCAGCAUUGGUUUGUGGUGGUAAAUAGACGGCUAUGAAAAAUAUAGAUGAAAACUCUCUUGGUAAAUAGUGUGGUCUACAGUUUAUCAUAAGAUACUCUACCUCAGGCGAGCAAAACCUUGAGACUUCCUUAGUAUUUGAUUUUGUGCACCAGCUGUUGUUUACAAAUAUACACAGACCGCCACCCCUUGUCUUACCGGAGUCAGCCGUUCUAUCCUGCCGAUGUAGCGUAUAGCCCGCUAGCUGUAUGUUAUCCAUGUCGUCGUUCAGCCACGACUCGUGAAACAUAAGAUAUUACAGUUUUUAAUGUCCCGUUGGUAGGAUAAACGUAAUCUUAGGUCAUCCAAUUUAUUUUCCAAUGAUUGAAGAUUGGCUAAUAGGAUUGAUGGGAGCGGCAGUUUACUCGCUCGCCGUCGGAUCCUUACAAGGCACCCCGACCUACGUCCACGAUAUCUCUGUCUCUUCCUCAUGCGAAUGACGGGGAUUUGGGCCUUGUCGGGUGUCUGUAGGAUAUCCUUCGCGGCCGCCUCGUUGAAGAACAAUUAUUUGUCCAAUACGAGGUGAGUAAUCGCUGUCCUGAUAUCCAGAAGCUCUUUUUGGUUAUAAGAGACGAUGGCGGAAACAUUAUGUACAAAAUAAAUUACAGAUAACACGGAAAAACACACAUAAUAGUACAAUUGGUUAGAGGGCUGUAAAACGGCAGCCAUCUUCUCCGGCGCCAUUCAAAUUCAGAUAUGAAGUCAUUGUUUUAGCACUAUUGAGAGCUUUUACUACAUUGUUCAAUGCACCAAUAAAUUAGCACAUUCUAAUUGUUUUAUUUUUCCAAUUCCCGGCAUCUUGGAGCUAAAAUUGGGAUCAUGUAAAUUUUGCUAAUGCCAAUACAAAAAAAAGAGUAACGGAGAGCAAUGAACAAUAUGACUAACUUAGCUACGAGGCAUUUGUGUUAAGUGCACCUCUGCUUUUGAUCAGCUUAUUUUUCAAUCAGACCUUGUGUAUUGAAUGGUUAACAUUAUAGUCAAAUAACCACAGUAUAUCACAUCAAUGUCAUGGUGAAAUAUUCUUUUUAUUUUUAUUUUUUAUAAACAAAUACAAUGACAACAACACGACAAAUACAACAACACUUAAGCAAGGCACGCGAGGCAGUGCUGUAUCAGGAAUACAGUCACAGGUAAAUGGCGGCGUUUGACCCGACGCAAUAGCGGAGGGCCAGUCAACCCAUUUACCUUUUGACUGUAUUCAUGAUACAGCACUGUCUCGCCUGCCUUCAUGCUUUUAUAGAACUGUUACCAACAUAUUAAAAUAACAAUGAAUUGCAUUCACCAGAAGAUAUAGUCCGGACAAAAAUCUGGUUGUUCUUUUGGUCAUGUUGCUACAGUCGUUAAUUCUUUUUGCAUAGUUGCUAUGCGAAAGGACUGAUCGUCCGUUCUAAACAAAAUGGUUGCUAUGUAGGCUGGUUAACGUUGUCGCUUGCUAGCUAACUAGCCAGCCAACUUCAGCUAACUCAGUCACAUCAAGCAUUGAACCUGGAAUGACAGGACACUAGCUAUAGCUAGAUAGAUUUAUUUAUUUGACAAUGUAAAACACAAUACAACCACACGUGGAUAAUGAAUUUAAAAUCAUAGAGGAUGACACAAAAAGUUUGAAAAUGUAUUUCCAUUGUGGUCUUAAAUAAAUGUUUACAAGCAACAUAGUAGGCCUACGCUACACAGUAGACCUAGCCUAAUAGGCAUACUUUGGUAACACAUAACCAAAAAAUGGAUAGGACGACAUUGUUAUAGCCAUAGAGUAUGACUCCCUCAGUAGAUCAGCCUUCUCAGGCUCCUAGUGAGUUAAGUGAUGGUUUUACGAUGGUGAUGCCAUGCAAACUUUAGCCAGCUAGCUAGCCAAAUCAGACAAAUAAAAUACAAUUUGAUUGGUCGCAUACAGAUAUUUACAUUUACAUUUUAGUCAUUUAGCAGACGGUCUUAUCCAGAACGACUUACAGUUAGUGAGUGCAUACAUUAUAUUUUUCAUACUGGCCCCCCGUGGGAAUCGAACCCACAACCCUGGCGUUGCAAACGCCAUGCUCUACCAACUGAGCUACAUCCCUGCCGGCCAUUCCCUCCCCUACCCUGGACAACGCUGGGGUCUCCCGGUCACGGCCGGCUACGACAGAGCCUGGAUUCGAACCAGGAUCUCUAGUGGCACAGCUAGCACUGCGAUGCAGUGCCUUAGACCACUGCGCCACUCGGGAGAGUGAUGUUAUUGCGGAUGUAGAGAAAUGCUUGUGUUCCUAGCUCCAACAGUGCAGUAAUAUCUAACAAUACACAACAAUACACUAAUCUAAAAGUAAAAUAAUGGAAUUAAGAAAUAUAGAAGUAUUAGGACGAGCAAUGUCGGAGUGUAAAUGUAUGUAUGUGAUGGGAUGUAUAGACAGUAUGUGGAUAGAAUAUAUACAUAUAUAUAUAUAUCUGAAGAAUACGUAGGAUAGAAUAGUAUUUGUACAGCAAUAGUUGAAUAGGAUGGCCUUGACUAGAAUACAGUAUAUACUCAUAUGAAAUGGGUAAAACAGAAUGUAAACAUUAUUAAAGGUGACCAGUGUUCCAUUAUUAAAGUGACCAGUGUUCCAUGGCUAUGUACACUGAACAAAAAUAUAAAUGCAACAAUUUCAAAAAAUUUACUGAGUUACAGUUCAGAUAAGUAAGUCAGUCAAUUGAAAUAAAUUCAUUACGCCCCAAUCUGUAGAUUUUACAUGACUGGGAAUACAGAUAUAUCUGUUGGUCACAGACCUCCAUUUGCCUCAUUCAGCGCAACACAUCUCCUUUGCAUAAAAUUGAUCAGUCUAUUGAUUGUGGAAUGUUGUCCCACUCCUCUUCAAUUGUUGUGCGAAGUUGCUGGAAAUUGGCGGGAACUGGAACACGCUGUCGUAAACGUCGAUCCAGAGCAUUCCAAACAUGCUCAAAGGGUGACAGAACUGAUACAUUUUCUGCUUCCAGGAAUUGUGUACAGGUCCUUGCAACAUGGGGCCGUGCAUUAUCAUGCUGAAACAUGAGGCGAUGGCGCCGGAUGAAUGGCACGACAAUGGGCCUCAGGAUCUUGUCACGGUGUCUCUGUACAUUCAAAUUGCCAUCGAUAAAAUGCAAUUGUGUUCACUGUCCGUAGCUUAUGCCUGCCCAUACCAUAACCUCACCAUGGGGCACUCUGUUCAAAACAUUGGCAUCAGCAAACCGCUCGCCCACACGACGCCAUGCACGCUGUGGCAUUGUGUUGUGUAACAAAACGGCACAUUUUAGAGUGGCCUUUUAUUGCCCCAGCUCAAGGUGCUUUGUAAUAAUAAAGCUGUUUAAUCAGCUUCUUUAUAUGCCACACCUGUCAGGUAGAUGGAUUAUCUUGGCGAAGGAGAAAUGAUCACGAACAGGGACAUAAACAAAUUUGUGCACAGAAUUGUAGAGAAAUAAGCUUUUUGUUCAUAUGGAACAUUUCUGGGAUCUUUUAUUUCAGCUCAGGAAACAUCGGACCAACACUUUACAUGUUGAGAAAAUAUUUUUGUUCAGUAUAAAUACGGCAGCAGCCUCUUAAGGUGUAGGGUGAGUAACCGGUUGGUAGCUGGCUAGUGACAGUGACUAAGUUCAGGGCAUGGUACUGGGUGGAGGCCGGCUAGUGAUGGCUAUUUAACAGUCUGAUGGCCUUGAGAUAGAAGCAGUUUUUUCUCUCGGUCCCAGCUUUGAUGCACCUGUACAGACCUCGCCUUCUGGAUGAUAGCGGGGUCAACAGGCUGUGGCUCGGGUGGCUGAGGUCCUUGAUGAUCUUCUUGGCCGGGUGCUGUAGAUGUCCUGGAAGACAGGCAGUGUGCCCUCAGUGAUGCAUUGGGCAGACCGCACCACCCUCUGGAGAGCCUUGCGGUUGCGGACAGUGCAGUUGCCAUACCAGGCGGUGAUACAGGCCGACAGGAUGCUCUCAAUGGUGCAUCUGUAAAGGUUUGUGAGGAUCUUAGGGGCCAAGCCAAAUUUAUUCAGCCUCCUGAGGUUGAAGAGGCGCUGUUGCACCUUCUUCACCACACUGUCUGUGUGGGUUGGACUGUUUCAGAUUGUCAUUGAUGUGUACGCCGACGAACUUGAAGCUUUUCACCUUCUCCACUGCGGCCCCGUCGAUGUAGAUGGGGACGUGCUCCCUCUGCUGUCUCUUGAAGUCCACGAUCAGCUGUUUCGAUUUGUUGACGUUGAGGUUAUUUCCCUAGCACCAAUCCGCCAGGGCCCUCACCUCCUCCCUGUAGGAUGCCUCGUCGUUGUUGGUAAUCAAGCCUACCGUCUGCAAACUUGAUGAUUUGAGUUGGAGGCGUGCGUGGCCACACAGUCAUGGGUGAACAGGGAUUACAGGAGGGGGCUGAGCACGCAUCCUUGUGGGGCCCCUGUGUUGAGGAUCAGCGUAGUGGAGGUGUUGCCUACCUUCACCACCUGGAGACAUCCCGUCAGGAAAUCCAUGACUACAUCGUCUGGAUCUAUUGGGGCGGUAUGCAAAUUGAAGUGGGUCUAGGGUGUCAGGUAAGGUAGAGGUGAUAUGAUCCUUAACUAGCCUCUCAACGCACUUCAUGAUGACAGAAGUGUGUGCUAUGGGGUGAUAGUCAUUUAGUUCAGUUACCUUGGCUUUCUUGGGGACAGGGACAAUCACACCAUGAGUAUUUAAUAAUGAAACAUACACCUCCACCUUUCUUCUUCCCGGAGAGUUCUUUAUUCCUAUCUGUGCGAUGUACUGAGAACCAGCUGGCUGUAUGGAAGGAGUAUUACAGUCCCUGAUGUCUCUCUGGAAGGAGAUCCUCGCCCUGCGCUCGUCUACUUUAUUUUCCAGGGACUGAACAUUAACGAGUAAUAUACUCGGAAGCGGUUAAUGGUGUGCAUGCCUCCUGAGUUGGUCUAAAAGUCUACCUCUACUCCGCCGGUAGCGUCUUGGAGCAGCCUCUGGGAUAAGUUCAAUCGCCUUGGGGGAUCCAAUUCAGGGAAGUCUAAAUGCUUGUGCGUUACCUGCGCUCUGAUAUCCAAAAGUGAUUUCUGGCUUUAUGUCAUAAUGCAAAAAAAACGGUUCUGCGCUAAUAAUGUGAGAAAUAACACACAAAAAUUAAAAGAAUACUGCAAAGUUGCUUAGGAGUCAAGUCAACAUGCUAUUUCCAAUCAACAACUUAAUGACUUAUCAAAAACUAAAAAGGUGAUUUUAAGAAACAAACAAAAACACUUAAAACAUUAAAAUAUGUGCAGCAUUGACAGAGCUCUUUGUUUAGGCUGCUUUACAGUGCCAUGGCAACCACCACCAGCUGCAUUUUCAUUUGUUUGAGCUUUUUUUCUAUUGGCAUUUAGUUGGAUAUGUCCAUAAUUAUGAAGUUGAUGCUUGAUUUCACCUGGCGAUUUCGAAAUUCAAAAGUGAAACAUUGUUUCCGAGGUCGGACAGGCAGACAGCGAGACUUAUAUUAACCCACGCUGUACCAAUUUAAAUGGUAGGCUGAAAGCAAGGGGAAAUAAUGUGUGAGUUGCGAUCAAUAGAAGCGAUGAUUCGGACAGCAACAUGAACAUGAUAUUCUUCUGAGGCGCAGUGAUAAUUUUCUGAUGGAACUGUUAGCAGGCAUAGUGUGCCUGUGACGGCCAAUACAGCAAGGCUUGGAACGCUGCUUGUCCAAUCAGCAUUCAGGAUCCAAACAACCAGUUUUAUAAUAUAUAAUAAUGUAGUUAUUUUUUCUUGAGCACUUAUUCAACAUCCCCUGUUUUUAAUGGGAUCUCUGUUUUCUCUGUCUCUAUCAGAAGGUCAAGCAGUAAUGUCAGCGGCUUCAACAGUGAAUUCUGUCCUGAUGAUCAGUCGGUACGUCUCUCUCCAUUCCCUAUCUGAAUUCUGUUGAGUCAAUAUCUGGUAGUCUAGUUUUACUUAUACACACAUUGUUUUGAUUCAUUGUCCAUUUCCCGGUCUCCCACCAUUAAUUGGUUAUUUACAGCUUGACGAGCAGCAGCUAACAAUCAAUCCAGAGUCUCCUCAGUUCCAGGAGUUGGAGCCAGUGAGAAAGAGGCGCACCCAGAUCCCAGACAAGCCCAACUAUUCGCUCAACCUGUGGAGCAUUAUGAAGAACUGCAUUGGAAAGGAGCUGUCUAAGAUCCCCAUGCCUGUAAGUACAACUCACUUUGUUUCUCAUCUAUCGUGUGGCCUCCAGACUACAGAAUGCUAGCAACAACCUGACAUCAGCAUUUAUAGAUUUUGUAAGAGGUAUUCUAAAUGAGCACAGCAUCUCUAGGUGUGUUAGACCAACUGUAGUACUUUCAAUUGGGGAUGUCCAUUGCAUAUCUAUUUUUUAUGGUCCGUACAUAUAGCAUGCGGCAAACACAGAGAAGUCAUAUUUAUUGGAGACAGUGAAAACCAAUUGGAGCCACUGAACUACCCAGCGUUUUCUGUGCAUGUGAUGUGACGGGUCUCAAGACUCAGUAUAUGUGUGGAAUUAGUUUUGAUUUAGAGUGGACCAUUAUCAUGCACAUGUCGGAACAGGGGCAGGGGGGAAAAAAUACAUAUCGUCUAUGCACUUAAAUAGCGAAUGGAGGAUGCUUUUUCCGCGGUUAAUUUUCAUGCCAGCCAAGUAGGCUAUACUCCUGUUGUAAAGCGAAGCAAUGUGCUUAAUAUUAGGAAAGUUGAGAAAUCUAUUUAGUAGGCCUAGCCUGUAGAAAUCUGAUGGGAUCCGCCUCAAGUUUAGUAGGCUAUUAAUGACCAUCAGCUGCAUCAGAGCGCAGUUUUGGAGAAGCCUAGUUACCGUGACUAAACGGUCAGGUGGAAUUUGACUGUGGUCAUGACUCGUGACCGCCAUUGUGGCGGUAAUACGGUCACCGUAACAGCCCUAGUCUCAGACAAUGUAACUUAUGAUUUAUAUUACCCCCUUUCUAUCCUCAGGUGAACUUCAAUGAGCCCAUCUCAAUGCUCCAGCGUCUCUCUGAGGACUUAGAAUACUAUGAGCUCCUGGACAAGGCAGCUAAAUGCCAGAGCUCUCUGGAGCAGCUGUGCUACGUGGCAGCAUUCUCUGUUUCCUCCUACUCUACUACAGUCCACCGCACCGGCAAACCCUUCAACCCCCUACUGGGGGAGACCUAUGAGCUGGACCGCCGGAGAGAGAGCGGCUACAGGUCACUGUGUGAACAGGUGAGAGGGAGGGCAAGGUGGAGUGAUGGGAGGAGUGAAAUGGAGUAGGGUGAAGUGAGAUGAGAAAGAUGGAUACCUAGGGGGUGAAAAUUUGAGUUAAACUGAUCCUCACAUCCCUAACCCCCAGCCCUUACCUACGCCCUAAGCACCAGUGGAGACUCAAUAGGUAUAAGCAAUAUCAUGGCUACACUUCAGCUGGCCUAUCAGAGGGGAAGAUGGAGGACAAGAAGAGUUAUCAUCUAUUACUAUUCUCAUGAAAAUGGUCCUAAUGUUGCAAAUAAGCAUCCUUCUGUUGUCAGUCAUUUUGUUUAUUUUCCAAGCUUAUAGCACACACUAUUUUUUUUUUUUAAAGGGCCAUAGAGCAGUGGUUUUCAACCUUUUUGGAACCGUGGCAAACCUUGAUGGGAUAAAAAAAAUCUGCAGCACACCUAACAUUUCCCUAUAAUUGUAUUUAGUGAUAAUGACCAUCUCAUCUCCAUACUGCAAAUCAUCUAUUUUCUGUCAAAGUUAUUUAUGGAUUAAGGCGAGGCUGAAAUGACAUUUUUUCAUAUACUUAUCAAUUUUGAGAUUUGUUGGUAUUUUGGUCCCUUAAUAUUAGUUAUUAGACAUAAAAUGUCAUACUUGAUGUAAAUGUAUAUAUUUUCAUUAACUUUUAUUUAAUCAGUGGAGCCCAAUUGAGACCAGGGUCUCAUUUUCAAUGGUGCCCUGACACCAUAAAGUAAAAUAUAAGUUUAUAUAUUACAAGAUACAAUAACAAGUACAUUACAUUAGAACAUCACUGUCACAGCCAUCAUAAAGAAGUUAUUAAAUCAAUCAAUCAAAACAAUUGCACACCUCUGUGAAAUCAUUUAUCAUCAGGGUUUUAAAAUGCCCUAGUGGCAGAAGGGAAUCCAAAUGUAAUGAAUUUUGUAAUUGAUUCCAAAAAUGUGGAGCGUGAACUAAAAGCGGAAAUACCUAAUUCUGUGGAGACCCGAGGAAUCUGAGGAGUUAACCAACCCUGUGAACAGGUUUGGUAUCUCAUUAUUUUAUGAGUUAGUUAAGUUGGAAGCUUGUGUACUAGGGCUUUGUAAACAAAAAGGGAGUAAUGAAUUGAUCUACAGGACUUUAAUGAGGACCAGCCAACCUUUUUGAUGCAUUGGUGAGUAUUAAAACUGUCACCGGUGAUAACGAAUGGCGCUAUGGUAGACCGCAUCCAAUGGUUUAAGAGUAGUGGCUGCAGCAAUCUGGUAAAUGGUGUCACCAUAAUCAAGAACUGGCUUGAAAGUAAACCAUCGCCUCAUUUGCAUAUUUUAAUACAAUAUUUCAGAAGUUGUUGAGCAAAAAAAAGUGUUAUAUUUGUGUCUACAUUCAACUGGUUAAAGUUCGUUAUGAUAUGAAUAAGGGAGCGGUGUUCUGCAUUGUAAAGGUGCAACCACGGGCACAAAGCCAUGCUUUUUCUUCUAUGGCAGAGGCUGUGGUACAGUUAAGCCUUAUCAGACUUGCCUGUGUUAAUGGUUCUCACAGGCAAAGUCAAAUGAUACCAAUGAAUGAUGCAACAGCCUGAACGCACUGGACUUAAAACAACGAUACAGAUGUAACCAUGUGCAAUUCAAUGUAUUAUCUGAGCAGCGCUGGUGCUCCCAAGUCCAAAUUCCAUGUGCAUUCCACAGGUCACUUUUUAUAAUUGUGUAAAAAAAAAAAAAUAAGAUUAAGAAAGAUUUUGCUGCACACCUGAGUACCUCAAGGCUUGCAAAAUUCCAGGAACUUACAAUAAAGUCCAGAGUUUUCCCGAAAUCCCGGUUGGAGAAUUCCUGGGAUCAGAAUGGAAUAAGAAGGAAAUCCGGAAUCCUUCAACCAGGGUUUUGGAAAACCAGGGAAUUUAUUGAAAGGUCCACCAGUUGAAAACCACUGCCAUAGAGUGCUGUUGUUGGCUGGUUUUCAACUCUUUAAAAAAAUGUGUAAUUCAAUAGGUUCCUGUCCAGUUUCCCCCACCCCGUUCCAGGUUUUUGACUGUCAGUCCAUGUUUCUGAUCCGUUGUUUUUUGAGCCCCAGAUAUUUUUGUCACCCUGGCUUUGUUUAUUCUGCUCCAUUUGUCAGCAUCUGUGCCUCCAGCAGUGUCCACCACUCUUCCUAGGUACGUGAAUGACUGCACUUUCUCUAGGGUAGUGCAGUGCAUCAGGAUCGGGUUGUUCUACUUGCAGUGGAUCUUAAUCACUUGGGGUUUUUGUUGUGUUGGGUGUUAGUCCUAGUUUGAUUGCUGAUGGUGUGACACUGUCUGGGUAUGUGACAGGAGGGCAAUGUCAUCUGUUUAGGUCAUCCAUAUUCUCCACUGGAUUAAAUUCCUUUCUCCCUCUUGUUUCUUGCAUGACCCAGUCUAUUACUAGGAAAAAUAGGAAUGGUGACAAUAGGCAGCCCUGUUUGACCCCUGUCUUGACCAUGACGCUCCUGGAUAGUUGGCCCGCUUGGCAUUAAGUGUUGUCAUGGCUUGGGAUGUUACCCAAUGAUGGAAGGGGGACCUGAGUGAAAACAGUUGGGAACCACCGGCCUACAUGAUCGGUCUUUCCUGAACCCGGAUAGAGAAGAAAAAAAUGAUGUGGUAAUCCAGUACCAUCUAUGAAAUAACCUAGUCCUGUGAUGGCAAAAAUGAUCAUAAAGCCAUUGCCAGGCUAUGGCAUCAAGCUAGCCGAGUUCUACUCAGACAGUAAUUUGUCUGAGAUGAGAUUGACAUCUCUCCAAGCUGCUGGAUUUGAUAUUGUUUUUGUAUGUUGUUGUUUCUCUGUUCAGGUGAGUCACCAUCCCCCAGCAGCUGCGCAUCAUGUGUUCUCUGAUCGAGGCUGGAUCCUGAGGCAGGAAAUCGCUGUAUCCAGCAAGUUCAGGGGCAAAUACCUGUCAAUCAUGCCUUUAGGUAAGAUAUAGUGGGGUUUAUAUCAGACAAUCAUGCCUUUAGGUGAGAGUGGGGUUUAAACCAAUCACGCCCAGGGUUGGAAAAUUCUUGUAACGUUUAAAAAUUCCCAGGUUUUCCAGAAAUCCUGGUUGGAAUAUUCCAGAUUUCCUGUUUAUUGCCUCUUGGUUUUGGAAAUCUUUCAACUGGGAUUUUUGGAAAACAAGGAGAUUGAGAAAGUUACUGACAUUUUCCAACCCUAAUCAAACCUUUAGGUGAGAGAGGGUGGGGUUUAUACCUGUCAAUCAUGCCUUUAGGUGAGAGAGGGUGGGGUCUUUACCUGUCAACUACGGAUGGGCACGGUUAUUCGAAUAUUCAAAUAUCUGAACAGGCUUUAGUAAUGGAUCACUUGUGUGAGUAUUCUUUUUUUUUUUUAGAAGGAAAAAAAGUAGGAGGAGGAGUUUGCACCAGGUGGAAAGUGAUUACAUUUCCACCUGGUUCAAAGCUAAUGGCGAAGUCGGCUCAAAGCAACAUGUCAAGCACGUGGAGUAAUGGCUUAGGAUUCAGAGUUUUUGCUCUUCAUAAAAAAAAAAACAUAUCUGCCUUCCCAAUGAAAACUAGUUUCUGAACAAUUUGAGAAGGGCGCUCCUCCCUCACCAGUUUUUCCCAGUCACGUCACGGGCCAUAGCCCGGUGCACCCAGUUCAGCCUAAUUGGGUACUUAUUUGUGGAGGAAUGUAAUUGUUUUUCUUGGUGAUUUGUGAUGUUUUAUUUGUGCUUCCCAUGACUGUGUUUUUGUAUUUUAAUGUGUGUCUAUAAUGUGUAUAUUUAUGUUGUGUGUGUGUGUGUGUGUGUGUGUGUGUGUGUGUGUGUGUGUGUGUGUGUGUGUGUGUGUAUACAGGGCACAUUUGUAAAAGAGACCUAGAUCUCAAUGUCUUCCCUGUUUAAAAUAAAGGAUAAAAAAAAAAAAAAUUGUACUCAAUGCCUUUAGGUGAGAGAGGGUGGGGUUUAUACCUAUUAGUGAUGGGGGGAAGAAUUGAUACAGUUACAUAUCGCAAUAUUAUUUUUGUAUCGAUAUUUGAGUCAAAGUAUAGAAUAGGAAAAAAAAUGUUUUUAAGUCAACAUUUAUUUUGUGCUACUGUAAAGGUACAGUGCUAGUCAGCUGUUUCUGUGCCUAAAUUCUGGUCUUUUUCAACCUAUAGCUUGUUCUCCAUCUUCUUUUUAAAUAGUGAGAACAUAUUUUCAGCACUGACUGAUCAAAACUCGUUUUCUCAUCCUCUCUCUUGUCCCUCUGCAGCAGACAUAUAGUGAGCAAUAUGUUUGGACCAACAAAUCGGAGUAUGGAAUCGCAAUCCAUAUAGAACCGUGAGAAUCGCAAUGCAUAUCAUAUCGUGAGGUCUCUAGCAAUUCCCAGCCAUAAAACCUAUCGGUCAUUUCAGCAGGUAUAAGAGUAUCUCAUUGAGUAAAUUGUUAAUGGAUCUCUGAAUGGAUUGAGUUCUGUGGCCGUAUGUAUCAAGCGUCUCAGAGUGCUGAUCUAAGAUCAGGUACCCCCUGUCCAUGUAAUCUUAUUCAUGAUGAUCUAAAAGGCAAAUUGAUACUACACUGAACAAAAAUAUGAACGCAACAUGCAACAAUUUCAAAGAUUUUACUGAGUUACAGUUCAUAUAAGGAAAUCAGCCAAUUGAAAUAAAUGGAUUAAGCAAAAGCUAUGGAUUUCUCAUGACUGGGAAUACAGAUAUGCAUCUGUUGGUAACAGAUACCUUAAAAAAAAAAAAAAAAAGUAAGGGCGUGGAUCAGUAUCUGGUGUGACCACCAUUUGCCUCAUGCAGCGUGACACAUCUCCUUCGCAUAGAGUUGAUCAGAAUGUUGAUUGCGGCCUGUGGAAUGUUGUCCCACUCUUCAAUGGCUCUGCGAAGUUGCUGGAUAUUGGCGGGAACUGGAACUGGCUGUUGUAAAUGUCAAUCCAGAGCAUCCCAAACAUGCUCAAUGGUUGACAUGUUUGGUGAGUAUGCAUGCCAUGGAAGAACUGGGACAUUUUUAGCUUUCAGGAAUUGUGUAUAGAUCCUUGUGACAUGGGGCUGUGCAUUAUUAUGCUGAAACAUGAGGUGAUGGCAGCGGAUGAAUGGCACAACAAUGGGCCUCAGGAUCUCGUCACGGUAUCUCUGUGCAUUCAAAUUGCCAUCGAUAACAUGCAAUUGUGUUCGUUGUCCGUAGCUUAUGCCUGCCCAUACAAUAACCCCACCACCACCAUGGGGCACUCUAUUCACAACAUUUACAUCAGCAAACCGCUCGACCACACAACACCAUCUGCCAUCUGCCCGGGACAGUUGAAACCGGGAUGCAUUUGUGAAGAGCACACUUCUCCAGCCUGCCGUUGGCCAUCGAAGGUGAGCAUUUGCCCACUGAAGUCGGUUACGACACCAAACUAUAGUCCGGUCAAGACCCUGGUGAGGAUGACGAGAACACAAAUUAGCUUCCAUGAGACUGUUUCUGACAGUUGGUGCAGAAAUUAUUCGGUUGUGCAAACCCACAGUUUCAUCAGCUUUCCUGGUGGCUGGUCUCAGACGAUCCCACAGGUGAAGAAGCCGGAUGUGGAGGUCCUGGACUUGCGUGGUUACACGUGGUCUGCAGUUGUGAGGCCGGUUGGACAUACUGCCAAAUUCUCUAAAACUACAUUUGAAGCGGCUGAUGGUUGAGAAAUUAACAUUCAAUUCUCUGGCAACAGCUCUAAUGGACAUUCCUGCAUGUUUCAAAACUUGAGAAAUCUGUGGCAUCGUGUUGUGUGACAAAACUGCAUAUUUUAGAGUGGGCUUUUAUUGUCCCCAGCACAAGGUGCACCUGUGUAAUGAUCAUGCUGUUUAAUCAGCUUCUUGAUAUGCCACACCUGUCAGGUGGAUUAUUAUUAUCUUGGCAAAGGGGUGUAACAGGGAUGUAAACAAAUUUGUGCACAACAUUUGAGAUCGAUAAGCUUUUUGUGCAUAUGGAAAAUGUCUGGGAUCUUUUAUUUCAGCUCAUGAAACAUGGGACCAACACCUUACAUGUUGCGUUUUAUAUUUUUGUUCCGUAUAAAUUGGCACUCCUUCUCUGAGACGCUUAAUUCUGUCGUUGUCAAAGGUUUUGAGAAUGACACAUACUAAUUUUCAGAAAGUCUGCUGCCUCAGUUUUGAUGAUGGCAAUUUGCAUAUACUCCAGAAUGUCAUGAAGAGUGAUCAGGUGAAUUGCAAUUAAUUGCAAAGUCCCUCUUUGCCAUGAAAAUGAACUUAAUCCCCCAAAAACAUUUACACUGAAUUUCAGCCCUGCCACAAAAGGACCAGCUGCCAUCAUGUCAGUGAUUCUCUCGUUAACACAGGUGUGAAUGUUGACGAGAACAAGGCUGGAGAUCACUCUCUCAUGCUGAUUGAGUUGGAAUAACAGACUGGAAGUUUUAAAAUGAGGGUGGUGCUUGAAAUCAUUGUUCUUCCUCUGUUAACCAUGGUUACCUGCAAGGAAACACGUGCCAUCAUUGCUUUGCACAAAAAGGGCUUCACAGGCAAGGAUAUUGCUGCUAGUAAGAUUGCACCUAAAUCAACCAUUUAUCGGAUCAUCAAGAACUUCAAGGAGAGAGGUUCAAUUGUUGUGAAGAAGGCAUCAGGGCGCCCAAGAAAGUCCAGCAAGUGCCAGGACCGUCUCCUAAAGUUGAUUCAGCUGCGGGAUCGGAGCACCACCAGUGCAGAGCUUGCUCAGGAAUGGCAGCAGGCAGGUGUGAGUGCAUCUGCACGCACACUGAGGCGAAGACUUUUGGAGGAUGGCCUGGUGUCAAGAAGGGCAGCAAAGAAGCCACUUCUCUCCAGGCAAAACAUCAGGGAUAGACUGAUAUUCUGCAAAAGGUAAAGGAAUUGGACUGCUGAGGACUGGGGUAAAGUCAUUUUCUCUGAUGAAUCCCCUUUCCGAUUGUUUGGGGCAUCCGGAAAACACCUUGUCCGGAGAAGACAAGGUGAGAGCUACCAUCAGUCCUGUGUCAUGCCAACAGUAAAGCAUCCUGAGACCAUUCAUGUGUGGGGUUGCUUCUCAGCCAAGGGAGUGGGCUCACUCACAAUUUUGCCUAAGAACACAGCCAUGAAUAAAGAAUGGUACCAACAUAUCCUCCGAGAGCAACUUCUCCCAACCAUCCAAGAACAGUUAGCCUUUUCCAGCAUGAUGGAGCACCUUGCAGUAAGGCAAAAGUGAUAACUAAGUGGCUUGGGGAACAAAACAUUGACAUUUUGGGUCCAUGGCCAGGAAAGUCCCCAGACCUUAAUAUCAUUGAGAACUUGUGGUCGAUCCUCAAGAGGUGGGUGGACAAACAAAACCCACAAAUUCUGACAAACUCCAAGCAUUGAUUAUGCAAGAAUGGGCUGCCAUCAGUCAGGAUGUGGCCCAGAAGUUAAUUGACAGCAUGCCAGGGCGGAUUGCAGAGGUCUUGAAAAAGAAGGGUCAACACUGCAAAUAUUGACUCUUUGCAUAAACUUAAUGUAAUAGUCAAUAAAAGCCUUUGACACUUAUGGAAUGCUUGUAAUUAAAUAUCUCAUAACACUGAAGCAGCGAACUUUGUGAAGACCAAUAUUUGUGUCAUUCUCAAAACUUUUGACCACGACUACAUAAUGCCUUUGAUUUCAGCACAACCGUUUCUUUUAUGUUGACCCUCUCCCGUAGGGACGAUCCAUGCCAUCUUUGAGAAGAGCAACAACCACUACACAUGGAAGAAGGUCACCACCACCGUGCACAACAUCAUAGUGGGAAAACUGUGGAUCGACCAGGUGAGAUCAACUUGGAGAAACAAAAAUACACAACCUAUUUUUUUAUGAUUAUUUGCCAGUGAGUAUUGGUUUAUUCAAAAUUUUCUCUCUUCAAUUCUAGUCAGGAGAUAUUGAUGUGGUAAACCACGAGACGGGAGAUCGCUGCCAUUUGAAGUUUGCUCCUUACAGCUACUUCUCUAGAGAUGUGGCCAGGAAGGUAGGUGUACACAGUUGACAUUUAGGUGACAGACUAAAAACAAGACAUAAAUAGGUUUUCCCUUGAUAACCUUCGUAAACUUCACUUUAAACUGUACCUUUCCGUCUUUCCACCUGUAUUUCUGGUUCCAUUGCCUUUUCUUUAUCUCUCUCGCCCUCUCUCUCCUUCUGUCUCUCCGUCCAGGUGACGGGUGUGGUGAUGGAUAAGGAUGGGAAGGCCCAUUAUGUGCUGUCAGGGACCUGGGAUGAGAAGAUGGAGUUCUCCAGGGUCAUGCAGAGCAGCAAGGGAGAGAACGGCACCGAGGGCAAACAGAAGACUGUCUACCAGACGCUCAAGGCCAAGGAACUGUGGAGGAAAAACCCUCUGCCGUAAGUGUCAGACUAUUUUUGUGUGUCCUCUUUUCCUGCCAGCCACCAUACGCUACAGCACAAUACAGCUAAAGCACAGUACAGUACUGAUAUAUAGCUAUAAAUGGAAUGUUGAAAACGUCUCCACACUAAUUUCACCAGUAAGAGACUAUUGAGGUAUGGCACUACUGUCUGUCUCUCCCGCUCUUUUUCUGUACAGCUAAUAACUUACUGUAUUGUAGUCCAAUGGCACUGCAUAACAUAACCCAAAACAAACUGUAGAUGCAUCCAAUGAGUCACAAGCUUGAUGUAGUCAUUGUGUGCUAGGAAUAUGGGACCAAAUAUUAAACUUUUGACUACACUAUAAGUGAAUUUGUCCAAAUACUUAUGACUUCUUCUCAUGGGGGACUAGAUCCAUAAAGUGCUUUCAUUUCUAAACGGUAAAACAGAUAUGUAUGGAAAUACUCUCAAAUAAAAGGUGACAUUCUGUACUGUCGCCUCAUAUGAAACAUUUGGUCUCUAAUCCAAAAUGCUGGAGUAUAAAGACACAUUUAAAAUGUUAGCUUCACUGUCCAAAUAUACACUGCUCAAAAAAAUUAAGGGAACACUUAAACAACACAAUGUAACUCCAAGUCAAUCACACUUCUGUGAAAUCAAACUGUCCACUUAGGAAGCUACACUGAUUGACAAUAAAUGUCACAUGCUGUUGUGCAAAUAGAAUAGACAACAGGUGGAAAUUAUAGGCAAUUAGCAAUACACCCCCAAUAAAGCACUGGUUCUGCAGGUGGUGACCACAGACCACUUCUCAGUUCCUAUGCUUCCUGGCUGAUGUUUUGGUCACUUUUGAAUGCUGGCGGUGCUUUCACUCUAGUGGUAGCAUGAGACGGAGUCUACAACCCACGCAAGUGGCUCAGGUAGUGCAGCUCAUCCAGGAUGGCACAUCAAUGCGAGCUGUGGCAAGAAGGUUUGCUGUGUCUGUCAGCGUAGUGUCCAGAGCAUGGAUGCGCUACCAGGAGACAGGCCAGUACAUCAGGAGACGUGGAGGAGGCCGUAGGAGGGCAACAACCCAGCAGCAGGACUGCUACCUCUGCCUUUGUGCAAGGAGGAGCAGGAGGAGCACUGCCAGAGCCCGGCAAAAUGACCUCCAGCAGGCCACAAAUGUGCAUGUGUCUGCUCAAACAGUCAGAAACAGACUCCAUGAGGGUGGUAUGAGGGCCCGAUGUCCACAGGUGGGGGUUGUGCUUACAGCCCAACACCGUGCAGGACGUUUGGCAUUUGCCAGAGAACACCAAGAUUGGCAAAUUCGCCACUGGCGCCCUGUGCUCUUCACAGAUGAAAGCAGGUUCACACUGAGCACGUGACAGACGUGACUCUGGAGAGUCUGGAGUCUGCAACAUCCUCCAGCAUGACCGGUUUGGCGGUGGGUCAGUCAUGGUGUGGGGUGGCAUUUCUUUGGGGGGCGGCACAGCCCUCCAUGUGCUCGCCAGAGGUAGCCUGACUGCCAUUAGGUACCGAGAUGAGAUCCUCAGACCCCUUGUGAGACCAUAUGCUUGUGCGGUUGGCCCUGGGUUCCUCCUAAUGCAAGACAAUGCUAGACUACAGACUACAAAGGGAAGCACAGCCGCGAGCUGCCCAGUGACACAAGCCUACAGACGAGCUAAACCACUUCUAUGCUCGCUUCGAGGCAAGCAACACUGAAGCAUGCAUGAGAGCACCAGCUGUUCCGGACGACUAUGUGAUCACGCUCUCCGUAGCCGAUGUGAGUAAGACUUUUAAGCAGGUCAACAUUCACAAGGCCGCAGGGCCAGACGGAUUACCAGGACGUGUACUCCGAGCAUGUGCUGACCAACUGGCAAGUGUCUUCACUGACAUUUUCAACAUGUCCCUGACUGAGUCUGUAAUACCAACAUGUUUCAGCAGACCACCAUAGUCCCCGUGCCCAAGAACGCUAAGAUAACCUGCCUAAAUGACUACCGACCCGUGGCACUGACGUCUGUAGCCAUGAAGUGCUUUGAAAGACUGGUCAUGGCUCACAUCAACAGCAUAAUCCCAGAAACCCUAGACCCACUCCAAUUUGCAUACCGCCCCAACAGAUCCACAGAUGAUGCAAUCUCUAUCGCACUCCACACUGCCCUUUCCCACCUGGACAAGAGGAACACCUACGUGAGAAUGCUAUUCAUUGACUACAGCUCAGCAUUCAACACCAUAGUGCCCUCAAAGCUCAUCACUAAGCUAAGGAUCCUGGGAAUAAACACCUCCCUCUGCAACUGGAUCCUGGACUUCCUGACGGGCCGCCCCCAGGUGGUAAGGGUAGGUAACAACACAUCUGCCACACUGAUCCUCAACACGGGGGCCCCUCAGGGGUGCGUGCUCAGUCCCCUCCUGUACUCUCUGUUCACCCAUGACUGCAUGGCCAGGCACGACUCCAACACCAUCAUUAAGUUUGCCGACGACACAACAGUGGUAGGCCUGAUCACCGACAACGAUGAGACAGCCUAUAGGGAGGAGGUCAGAGAUCUGGCCGUGUGGUGCCAGGACAACAACCUCUCCCUCAACGUGACCAAGACAAAGGAGAUGAUUGUGGACUACAGGAAAAAAAAGAGGACUGAGCACGCCCCCAUUCUCAUCGACGGGGCUGUAGUGGAACAGGUUGAGAGCUUCAAGUUCCUUGGUGUCCACAUCACCAACGAACUAUCAUGGUCCAAACACACCAAGACAGUCGUGAAGAGGGCACGACAAAGCCUAUUCCCCCUCAGGAGACUAAAAAGAUUUGGCAUGGGUCCUCAGAUCCUCAAAAAAUUCUACAGCUGCACCAUCGAGAGCAUCCUGACUGGUUGCAUCACCGCCUGGUAUGGCAACUGCUUGGCCUCUGACCGCAAGGCACUACAGAGGGUAGUGCGUACGGCCCAGUACAUCACUGGGGCAAAGCUCCCUGCCAUCCAGGACCUCUAUACCAGGCGGUGUCAGAGGAAGGCCCUCAAAAUUGUCAAAGACUCCAGUCACCCUAGUCAUAGACUGUUCUCUCUGCUACCGCACGGCAAGCGGUACCGGAGUGCCAAGUCUAGGUCCAAAAGACUUCUCAACAGCUUCUACCCCCAAGCCAUAAGACUCCUGAACAGCUAAUCAUGGCUACCCGGACUAUUUGCACUGCCCCCCCCACCCCAUCCUUUUUACGCUGCUGCUACUCUGUUAAGUAUUUAUGCAUAGUCACUUUAACUCUACCCACAUGUACAUAUUACCUCAACUACCUCAACUAGCCGGUGCCCCCGCACAUUGACUAUGCAACGGUACCCCCCUGUAUAUAUAGCCUCCCUACUGUCACUUUAUUCUAUUGUAUAUAUAGCCUCCCUACUGUCACUUUAUUUUUUACUUCUGCUCUUUUUUUCUCAACACUUUUUUGUUGUUGUUUUAUUCUUACUUUUUUGUUAAAUCAUGCCUGUUGCUGGAGCAUUCACUGUAUGUCGCAGUUCGCGCAUGGACCUAAAUUUGUAUUGAGAUUGACUAUGUGGUGAGUGCUUUCCUGCAAGAGAGGCAUUGAUGCUAAAAUGGACGGGCCCGCCACGUUCCCAGACCGGAAUCCAAUUCGAGCCACAAUACUGGGGACAUCCAAUUUCUCACUCCAUCCCACCAAAGCCACACGUUGCACCACAGAACUGUCCAGGAGUUGGACGGAUGACUUUGGUCCAGGUCUGGGGAGAGAUCCCUCAGGUAGACCAUCCGCCACCUCAUCAGGAGCAUGCCCAGGCGUUGUAGGGAGGUCAUACAGGCACGUGGAGGCCCACACACACUACUGAGCCUAAUUUUGACUUGUUUUAAGGACAUACAUCAAGUUGGUUCAGCCUGUAGUGUGGUUUUCCACUUUAAUUUGAGGGUGACUCCAAAUCCAGACCUCCAUGGGUUGAUACAUUUGAUUUCCAUUGAUCAUUUUUGUGUGAUUUUGUUGUCAACACAUUCAACUAUGUAAAGAAAAAAGUAUUUAAUAAGAUGAUUUCAUUCAUUCAGAUCUAGGAUGUGUUGUUUAAGUGUUCCCUUAAUUUUUUUGAGCUGUGUGUGUGUGUGUAUAUAUAUAUAUAUAUUACACUACCAGUCAAAAGUUUGGACAUCUACUCGUUCAAGGGUUUUUCUUUAUUUUUACUAUUUUUUACAUUGUAGAAUAAUAGUGAAGACAUCAAAACUACGAAAUAACACAUGGAAUCAUGUAGUAACCAAAAAAGUUUUAAACAAAUGAAAAUAUAUUUUAUAUUUGAGAUUCUUCAAAUAGCCACUCUUUGCCUUAAUGACAGCUUUGCAGACUCUUGGCAUUCUCUCAACCAGCUUCACCUGGAAUGCUUUUCCAACAGUCUUGAAGGAGUUCCCACAUAUGCUGAGCACUUGUUGGCUGCUUUUCCUUCACUCUGCCGUCCGACUCACCCCAAACCAUCUCAAUUGGGUUGAGGUCUGGGUAUUGUGGAGGCCAGGUCAUCUGAUGCAGCACUCCAUCACUCUCCUUCUUGGUAAAAUAGCUCUUACACAGCCUGGAGGUGUGUUGGGUCAUUGACCUGUUGAAAAACAAAUGAUAGUCCCACUAAGGCCAAACCAGAUGGGAUGACGUAUCGCUGCAGAAUGCUGUGGUAGCCAUGCUGGUUAAGUGUGCCUUGAAUUCUAAAUAAAUCACAGACAGUGUCACCAGCAAAGCACCAUAACACCUCCUCCUCCAUGCUUUACGGUGGGAACUACACAUGUGGAGAUCAUCCGUUCACCCACACCGCGUCUCAAAAAGACACAGCGGUUUGAACAAAAAAUCUCAUAUUUCGACACAUUUCCACCAGUCUAAUGUCUAUUACUCGUGUUUCUUGGCCCAAGCAGGUCUCUUCUUCUUAUUGGUGUCCUUUAGUAGUGGUUUCUUUGCAGCAAUUCAACAAUGAAGGCCUGAUUCACACAGUCCCCUCUUAACAGUUGAUGUUGAGAUGUGUCUGUUACUUGAAAAUUGUGAAGCAUUUAUUUGGGCAAUCUGAGGUGCAGUCAACUCUAAUGAACUUAUCCUCUGUAGCAGAGGUAACUCUGGGUCUUCCUUUCCUGUGGCGGUCCUCAUGAAAGCCAGUUUCAUCAUAGCGCUUGAUGGUUUUUGCGAGUGCACUUGAAGAAACGUUCAAAGUUCUUGAAAUGUUCCAGAUUGACUUACCUUCAUGUCUUAAAGUAAUGAUGGACUGUCGUUUCUCUUUGCUUAUUUGAGCUGUUCUUGCCAUAAUAUGGACUUGGUCUUUUACCAAGUAGGGCUAUCUUCUGUAUACCCCCCUACCUUGUCACAACACAACUGAUUGGCUGAAACGCAUUAAGAAGGAAAUACAUUCCACAAAUUAACUUUUAACAAGGCACACCUGUUAAUUGAAAUGCAUUCCAGGUGACUACCUCAUGAACCUGGUUGAGAGAAUGCCAAGAGUGUGCAAAGCUGUCAUCAAGGCAAAGGGUGGCUAUUUGAAGAAUCUCAAAUAUAAAAUAUAUUUUCAUUUGUUUAAGACUUUUUUGGUUACUACAUGAUUCCAUAUGUGUUAUUUCAAAGUUUUGAUGUCUUCACUAUUAUUCUACAAUGUAAAAAUAUAGAAAAGCCCUUGAACGAGUAGGUGUGUCCAAACUUUUGACUGUUACUAUAUAUACAGUGGGGAGAACAAGUAUUUGAUACACUGCCGAUUUUGCAGGUUUUCCUACUUACAAAGCAUGUAGAGGUCUGUAAUUUCUAUCAUAGGUACACUUCAACUGUGAGAGACGGAAUCUAAAACAAAAAUCCAGAAAAUCACAUUGUAUGAUUUUUAAGUCAUUAAUUUGCAUUUUAUUGCAUGACAUAAGUAUUUGAUACAUCAGAAAAGCAGAACUUAAUAUUUGGUACAGAAACCUUUGUUUGCAAUUACAGAGAUCAUAUGUUUCCUGUAGGUCUUGACCAGGUUUGCACACACUGCUGCAGGGAUUUUGGCCCACUCCUCCAUACAGACCUUCUCCAGAUCCUUCAGGUUUCGGGGCUGUCGCUGGGCAAUACGGACUUUCAGCUCCCUCCAAAGAUGUUCUAUUGGGUUCAGGUCUAGAGACUGGCUAGGCCACUCCAGGACCUUGAGAUGCUUCUUACGGAGCCACUCCUUAGUUGCCCUGGCUGUGUGUUUCGGGUCGUUGUCAUGCUGGAAGACCCAGCCACGACCCAUCUUCAAUGCUUUUACUGAGGGAAGGAGGUUGUUGGCCAAGAUCUCGCGAUACAUGGGCCCAUCAAUCCUCCCCUCAAUACGGUGCAGUCGUCCUGUCCCCUUAGCAGAAAAGCAUCCCCAAAGAAUGAUGUUUCCACCUCCAUUCUUCACAGUUGGGAUGGUGUUCUUGGGGUUGUACUCAUCCUUCUUCUUCCUCCAAACGCGGCGAGUGGAGUUUAGACCAAAAAGCUCUAUUUUUGUCUCAUCAGACCACAUGACCUUCUCCCAUUCCUCAUCUGGAUCAUCCAGAUGGUCAUUGGCAAACUUCAGACGGGCCUGGACAUGCGCUGGCUUGAGCAGGGGGACCUUACGUGCGCUGCAGGAUUUUUAAUCCAUGACGGCGUAGUGUGUUACUAAUGGUUUUCUUUGAGACUGUGGUCCCAGCUCUCUUCAGGUCAUUGACCAGGUCCUGCUGUGUAGUUCUGGGCUGAUCCCUCACCUUCCUCAUGAUCAUUGAUGCCCCACGAGGUGAGAUCUUGCAUGGAGCCCCAGACCGAGUGUGAUUGACUGUCAUCUUGAACUUCUUCCAUUUUCUAAUAAUUGCACCAUCAGUUGUUGCCUUCUCACCAAGCUGCUUGCCUAUUGUCCUGUAGCCUAUCCCAGCCUUGUGCAGGUCUACAAUUUUAUCCCUGAUGUCCUUACACAGCUCUCUGGUCUUGGCCAUUGUGGAGAGAUUGGAGUCUGUUUGAUUGAGUGUGUGGAUGUGUCUUUUAUACAGGUAACGAGUUCAAACAGGUGCAGUUAAUACAGGUAAUGAGUGGAGAACAGGAGGGCUUCUUAAAGAAAAACUAACAGGUCUGUGAGAGCCGGAAUUCUUACUGGUUGAUAGGUGAUCAAAUACUUAUGUCAUGCAAUAAAAUGCAAAUUAAUUACUUAAAAAUCAUACAAUGUGAUUUUCUGGAUUUUUGUUUUAGAUUCCGUCUCUCACAGUUGAAGUGUACCUAUGAUUAAAAUUACAGACCUCUACAUGCUUUGUAAGUAGGAAAACCUGCAAAAUCGGCAGUGUAUCAAAUACUUGUUUUCCCCACUGUAUGUGUGUGUAUAUAUACCUAAAAAAGUCAGGUCCUUGUAUUUGGACAAAGAGGGGUUAAAACACGAACAUUACCGUCUGUCUAGUGAAGAGAGGAAAACCGGACAGAGGGAGCGUGGGAAGCUAGCAUCCGUCAACGAGAGGGCCAAGGAUUCCACGGGAUUUAACAGGUGGAAGAAACAACCGGAGAGCUCCAUCAGUGCCGAGAGGUUACUUGUAGAACAACUGGAGGCUGCCGGUGAUGAUGUAGUGGUAGGAUGCUUCUGGUAGAGUAGCUAGCUAGCUAGCUUAGCUACCUGAACCAACUGGCUUGGCUAGCCAGCGGUUCGUAUGUCUGUCCAUCAAGGAUGAUGACGAAUCCAGUGAAUCACAAAAUUAAAAGAGAAUAGCGGGUGAAAAGGAGCUGACUACACUCAUACUGACUAUUAAACAAAAAGCAAAUUGAACAAUAAACUUCGGUGUCCCAACACUCUUAGCGAACUCUGUCGUUGUUCCCCAAGAUCACCUCAGACCACACUGUACGUGGACAGUUCUAGAACGCAGACAUUAGCAUUGCCACACAUAAAAAACUAAACCCAGUCUUUACAGGGGGUUACAUUUGCAUUUAAUGUUUGAAUUUAAGCGAGGGAGCAGAGACGAUGUACUUCUUCACCGACCUGGCACUGACGCUGAACGAGCCUGAGGAAGGCGUGGCGCCCACGGACAGCCGUCGACGACCCGACCAGAGGCUGAUGGAGGAGGGCCAGUGGGACGAGGCCAACGCCGAGAAACAGAAGCUGGAGGAGAAGCAGCGCAUUGUCCGCCGUGAGAGGGAACGGGAAGGCCGCCAACCAGCGUACCGCCAGCGAGUCAGAGGAAGGUAAGCGAGAGAAAGCUUUUAUUUUCCUUGAGUCCCUUAAUUUUCCAUCCAUCUCCAUAGGAAUGAGUGUUGUACUGUAAGACUUGAAACUGAAGGCCACUUUUGUGACCCUUUUUCUUCUCCCACAAGCUGUCAAUGAGGACUCUUUUACUGACCCUUCUCUGAAAAGCAAGUAUCCCUCUUUUGCCUGUUUUCUGUGCUUUUCUAUAUUUUUUUAUCUCUCACACUUUCAACAUCGUUUUCAAUUAAACCAGUUUCUUGGAAGCAGUUUAACUGAGCAGUCACUUUUCAAAUUAGUUUCUCUUUUUCACAGGUCCAAUACACUAAAUACCUCAUUCAUUUUUCCAUCAGGCACUCACCAAGAUAACUACACGGCGCAGUGGUUUAAACGCUGCGAGGACCCCGCCACAGGUGAAUUCACUCACAUUUAUAAGGGAGGCUACUGGGAGGCCAAGGAGAAAGGCAGCUGGGAGUCCUGUCCCGAAAUAUAC